AUGGGUUCCGUUACAGUGGCGAAGAUUCCAGUCAUAGAUUUCACUAGCGACGACUUGAAGCCUGGCACAAGUUCUUGGGUUAGCGUAUGCAGAGAAAUAUGGAGCGCACUUGAAGAGCAUGGGUGUUUUCUAGCAAAGUACAAUAAAGUUUCUUCUCAACUUAACGAAGCCAUCUUUGAUGUAUCAGAGGAAUUGUUUCAUCUCCCUACUGACGUCAAGAUCAGGAAUAUUAACGGUUUCCUUGGCUACCAUGGACAACUGCCUGCUCGACCCCUUUAUGAAAGUUUUGGCAUAGAUUAUGUCACAGUUAAGGAACAAGUUGACAAGUUCACAAAUACUAUGUGGCCAUCUGGAAACAAUCAUUUCUGCCAAACUGUUUAUUCGUUCUCAAAGGCGGUGAAAGAGCUACAUGAAAUGGUGGUGAGGAUGAUAUUCGACAACUAUGGUUUAGAGAAUAAGUACUAUGACUCCCACAUAGAAUCAACCACUUACCUUUUGCGAAUACUCAAAUAUCGAGCUCCCCAAGAAAAUGAGAGCUGUAUGGGUUUGCACCCUCACACCGACAAAAGCUUCCUUACCAUAAUUCAUCAGAGUCAUGUUAAUGGUUUGGAAGUUAAAGCAAAGAAUGGAGAGUGGAUUAGUGUAGACUUUGCUCCUUCAACCUUUGUAGUCAUGGCAGGCGAAGCAAUCAUGGGAUGGAGCAAUGAUAGAAUAGAUGCUUGUGACCACAGAGUGACAAUGAAGUACAAGGAAACAAGAUGCUCGCUGGGCCUAUUUUCAUUCAUCAAGGGGAUAAUACAAGUGCCAGAAGAAUUAAUUGAUGAAGAGAAUCCAUUAAAGUAUAAACCAUUCGAUCAUGUUGGUAUGAUUCAUUAUUUCUUUGGUACGGCUGAAGGUCGCAAACACCAACGUACUUUGAAAGCCUAUUGUGGUCUUUGA